UACAAAAUGUUCUACUGACCAAUAAACACUAAACACUUAUAAUGUAAAUCAAAAAUUAACAUAAAAUAUAAUUUAUAUAUGUAAGGUUAAAGUCUCGAUACAUCGGAUUAUGUUUGUGAAAUUUGUGAAAACGAAGAUCUGAUUUAAAAUAAAUAUAUAUAAUUAAUUCUCAGUGCCCCUAAAUCACACGUCAUAAUGAUUAAAUUAUCAUUGAAAGAAGCAAUGAAGAUCGGUUUUAUUGGAGGCGGAAAAUUGGCGUAUGCCUUGGCAAAUGGAUUUAUAUCCGCAGGAUUGGCGAAACCGGAUGAAAUCACAGCCAGCUGUCAUCCAGCAGAUACAGUUAGUGCCGAAGCGUUUAAGGGUCUAGGAGCAACAGCCCUGUUUGAAAAUAAAAGUGUGGUGGAGAGAUCGGAAGUUGUAAUUAUUUCUGUCAAACCAGACGUGGUAGUGCCGGCCUUGGCAGAUGUCAAGGGCCUUCAAGCUUCGAGGAAUAAACUAUUUAUAUCAGUAGCCAUGGGAGUGUCUACAAGAACUAUUGAGAAGGCUCUCCCAAUAGAGGCGCGAGUUAUUCGCGUUAUGCCAAACACUCCAGCGCUUGUGAAAGAAGGCGCAGCAGCUUUAAGCAGAGGUUCCAGGGCAACAGCUGAAGACGCAAUGAUUGCGGCUAAGUUAUUUAGAGCAGUCGGCACUUGUGAUGAAGUACCUGAAUAUCAGAUGGACGCUGUCACCGCUUUGAGUGGAAGUGGACCCGCUUACAUAUAUAUGCUGAUAGAGUCGUUAGCAGACGGUGGAGUGCGUUGCGGUUUACCACGCGACCUAGCCAUGCGACUGGCAACACAAACUACACUCGGCUCAGCGGCCAUGUUGCGUGAUGGUGGUCACCCCGCAGCUAUGAAAGAUAAUGUAACAUCACCGGGAGGAUCCACUGCGGAAGGAACCUACCAUUUAGAGAAGAACGGAUUCAGAUCAGCGGUCAUCGGUGCUGUAAUGGCAGCGACUAAUAGAUGUAAAGUCGUCAACGAACAGCUUAAUCAAUAAAUAAUUUGAUCACAAGAAAAUAUAAAGAGUCUCGGAACUAUUUUUAUAUUAAAACAUUUAAAAUA